AUGCUCGACGAAAACUUUCCCACCUUCCGCUCCCGCCCGUCCCCGGACAACCCACUCUCUUCCAUCCUAUUUUUUACACAGAACGGCGCCGAUCCUAGCCCCGAGUACAUCCUCCGACGGGCCGACCCGGCCCUCCCGUCCUCGCGCAACAAGUAUGCCGCCGCCCUCUGCGGUCCGUUGAACGCUGACGUCGUCUACGCCGAAGUCCUCGUCACCCCAGAAUGGUCGCAACCCUCUAUCUCGGGCGCCGAGAUGCGCGCUCAGGCAUUGAACGGCGCACCGCCUGCCCCCGCGACGGCGCUGGCCCCAGAAACCUUUGCCAUUCAGCUGUAUAAUCCGGACUCGACCGUCGCAAUCAAGAUGGUGCCGGGCACGUGGAAUAAGACUGACUCGUGGGAGUUUGAGCUACCGGUCCAGACGUUCAAGCAGCCAUCGGCCAGCGAGCUGGACAGGGAGAACGGAGGAUUGCCGCCGCCGGACUUGAUGCCAAGGGUCAUGUUCAGAUGGAAGAAAGACAGCAAGUUGAGCAAGGAUAUGACGUGCUAUAUGUGCGGAACGAGCCUGGGAGGGAGGAGGAACAAAGAGCCGGAUAUCACUAUUGCCAUGUUCAAAACUACCACGCGCAGGGAUGGGGAGAGCGUGAUCACUGUCUACCAGCCGAAUCUACACCGGGUGGAGGUGGAGGAUCGCAAGGGGCUGGAGCUCAUACUGUUGCUGGGAGCCGAGGUGAUUAAGGACUUGUAUCUGUCGCCGAAGGCUGAUGUCUUCAACGUUGGAGGAGGGGGCUCCCCUGUCGGAGUAGCGGGCAGGAGGAAGAACUCAAAGCCCACCAGCACGCCACCAGGAAUGCCCAUCAUGUCUGGUGCUGUGGCGACCAAUGGUGGUCCAGCAGGGGCAGGAGGACAAUUUGUUGCUACGAACGCGAUCCGCCAUCCAGAUACUAUACCCGUGACAGCCUCAAGCGCGACAAACCUUUCAUCAUCAAAGGCAAAUAUCGAUGCCGAAACGCAACGGCUCAAAGCAAUGGUUGAGCACGAGGAACAAGAGCGGGAGAAGCGUGAACGAGAAGAGCAACAGCGCAUUAAGAGGAUGCUCGAAGAAGAAGAACAGCGCGAACAUCAACGAAGGGAAGCAGAGGUCGCAGCCGAAACAGAGCGGUUACGUAGAGAAUACGGAAUGGAAGGGCAGGAACUCCCAUCGAUCGUCCACUCCCCUCCAGCUGUUCAGAAUGGAGGCACGUUUAGCAGCCCUACCCUCCCGCCACGGCAAACCUUCCAGAAUACACAACCUCCGCCGCACCUCUUCCAACAGCCAAGCCAGGGCCAGCUGUCACCUACCACAAACUGGGGAGCCACACCCUCUCUGCCUCCGCGGCCCCUUAGUGUUGGUCCGCCGGGGGCGCAUCAUGUUAGUGGGAGUAGCAGUAAUAGCAGGCCAGGACCAUUUCAUUGUGAUAAGCUGAAUAAAGUGUGGAAUGGCGUGGUGGUACCAGCUCUGGAUCGUGGUUCCGGAACUCCGGGACCUGGUAGUUCGGGAAGGAGACGCAGCAGCGGUGCACCGUACUUAUCAGCGGAUCAAUCGAAUGGCAGUGGUAGGUACGGGUACAGCCAGAGUUCUGCUGGUCUAACUGGCGGGAAUGGGAGCGUGGGUGCAAGCGAUAGAGAUGGGGAAAGGGACAGAGAAAGGAGUAGGAAAAUUGCCAAGAAGAAGAGUGCGCUAUGGUAGGCACCUCUUGAAAGGGUAGUUGAUACAGGAUGUUUAGGCAUGCCAUGCCUGGCUUAUAAAUGCAUAAUCACAUC